GUUUUCUGAUGCAGUAGCGACUUCCGGGUAGUAGAGCGAGAGACAGAGAGAGAGAACGGACGCGUCGUCUUCAACGCAUAAACGUCUUUUUGUUUAGGUUUGCGCAAAACGCCCCCAUUAUCGGUCUUGCAGAAAGAACAGGGUACGCAGCGUUUUGUUAUUUUAUACGGUUUACUAGCUGGCUUGGCUACUGUGAAGUGCUUCCUGGUUGGGAGUUGCGGCCAUUUUGAAUUUUGUACUGAGACACAACUAGCCGGCCGUGCUUCUGGGAGCUGUCUCAGCCUGUCACCCUCUCCCGUUUUCCAUACAUCCUAUUAAAAGCUUCCCACGAGACGGCAACGCGCUCUACAACAAGUCCACAAUGAAUCCCGAAUAUGACUAUUUAUUCAAACUGCUGCUGAUUGGUGACUCUGGUGUUGGAAAAUCUUGUCUCCUGCUCCGAUUUGCAGACGAUACGUACACAGAAAGCUACAUCAGCACAAUUGGUGUGGACUUCAAAAUACGGACCAUAGAACUAGAUGGAAAGACCAUUAAACUUCAGAUUUGGGAUACAGCAGGUCAAGAGAGGUUUCGUACAAUCACGUCCAGUUACUACCGAGGCGCUCAUGGUAUCAUUGUAGUAUAUGAUGUCACAGAUCAGGAAUCCUUCAACAAUGUUAAACAAUGGCUACAGGAGAUUGACCGCUAUGCCAGUGAAAAUGUCAACAAGUUGUUGGUAGGCAACAAGUGUGACCUGACGACAAAGAAGGUGGUGGAUUACACAACAGCAAAGGAGUUCGCCGACUCUCUGGGCAUCCCGUUCUUGGAAACCAGUGCCAAGAAUGCCACCAAUGUGGAGCAGGCCUUUAUGACCAUGGCAGCAGAAAUUAAAAAGAGAAUGGGCCCUGGGGCUGCAGCUGGUGGUGGUGAGAAGCCCAAUAUGAAGCUGACCCCCGGCACUACCGUCAAGCCUUCAUCGGGAGGCUGCUGCUGAGAGCAAACGAAGUCCCAUACUGCUCUCCUGCCCUCUAUUCUACAGGCCUGUAUGCCUGGCUGCCAUCUUCCUCAAAACUCUACCACAAUCUGACAGGGUAGGGAUGACAUGAGUCACGUGUAUGUGAGAACAAGAUGAAGUUGCCUGUAUUUGUACAAUAAUGUAGCACUCUACCAAAAACAAAUAAAGCAUUCAUCUUGUCACCCUGUCCUGGUUUUGAUGACAAAUUGUACAAAAAGGUGAUAAUUUCACCUGACCUGGCUCGACAUCCGUAUCACCUUUGUCUCAGUCCUCUGUGACUAGUUCUUCUAUUCGAUCUGCUCAUGAGACUCAUGGGAAGUGUGCGCGUGCGCACGCGUGUAUGAAUGCAUUCCAUUUUUGAUUUGGUAACAAGUUUCACCAAGGCUUUUGAAUUGUUUUGUGUGUGGCCCCUUUUCUUGUGUGUUGGCUUUCUUUUGGUCAUUUUGUUACUUGCAUGUUAUGUUCGCUCUAAAUGUUUUUUUUUGUUUCAUUUGAUAAGAAAAAAAAAAAUGACCCAAUUCAGCAUCUCAACUAUUGUACUAUAUAUACGUAAAUGUGUGUGUGUAUAUAUAUAUAUAUAUAUACACGUGUGUGUGUGUGUGUAUAUAUAUAUAUACAUACACACACGUGUAUAUAUAUAUAUAUACACGUAUACAUCCAUAUAUUAUAAAUAUAUAUAUGGAUGUGUGUGUGCGUGUAUAUAUAUAUAUAUACACACUCUCGCUUCAGCAGACGCGUGUGUCACUUUGGGACCUCUCACAGAGUGGGAGAUGAGAGUAUUGCACAGCAUCUUAGCUGUUCCCCAUAGUAGUUGAAAUAUUGGUAAUAGACAAGACUUCAGAUGUUUGACUGAGACGUGACUCCUCGAACUCACAACUCUCUUGGAGAGGACCUGAGCCUGAAGGUUUUACACCAUCCCCACACGGGGUGAGAUGAAAUGUUUUUUUCUAUACACGCUACAGUAUGUCAGUUCUGUAGUCCUCAGUGCAUUCUUAGGAUUGUCUUGACUCAACAUGUAACACUUAAAGCUGAAAAUAAAUAUUGUAUCCAGACUACAAAAUGAGAAGAUCAUGUGAUUCUUGCUGAGAUGCAUUUUAAAAGAAUACAAUUAUUCUACAUUUCAUUAACCUAGUAGCAUAAUUUCCUGUUGUUUUUAACUCACUGUCACGUCAAUAAAAAAAAUACCUGUUUGUUAAAAAUUGUUUUUUUCUUUGUCAGUUUAUAUUAAGUCAUCCAAUUCAUGGUAAUGUGCAAAGGUUGACUCUUGUUCUUCGUUGGUUCUAGUUUCCCAAAAACUACAAAAAUGACCUACGCAGUUAUGCUAUUAGGCUAACAAUUUGUGAGAAUUUGACAGUUACAUAAAAUCUGUUUGCUAACUGUUGUGUAUUGUGUCAUCUAAGUACAGAAUUGCAUAAAUACAAUGGUCUCCUGUUUUCAUAAUAAAGGCAACUGAAUUCAA